CAAAGAAUGUAAGGAAGAAGGUGGGGAGGAGUGGUGGAAUAAAGGGUUAUCGGUUGAAUAAUGAAAGAAGAGUUGUUAAUGUUGAUGAUGAUGGUAAGAAGAAGUUUGGUGUUUGUUUGAAGAAGAGGCGUGUAGGGAGAAAUGGGUUUGCAAAGUGUCAGUCUUUUGAUGUUAAAGACAAAUCAUCUUUCGGUUAUGGAGUAGGAGUUGGCAUAAUGUACAUGAUGUCAGCCGGGAAAGCCGAAAUCGAGAGGCUAAAUGCAGCAGUAGACGAGACCGCUAAAGUUGUUCAAGAACUAAAAGCUGAAAUUUCCAAAAGAAAAUCAUCCUACGAUUCAAAGGUUGAAAAUACCGCCAAUAUCAAACAAUCUGUUUCCGAGAAAUCCAGUGAGGCGAACAAUAAUAUUGAAGUUUACGGUCUUUCCAUAAAUGAUGAAGGUGAAAAUGCAAGCAGCGUUAUAACAGAAGAACCGCAUAGAGAUGUGGUGGAAAUGGAGCAAUUAGAAGCCGAACUUGAAUCCGAGCUUCUAAAGCUUCAAGUGUCCACCACAUCGUCUUCUUUUCAGAACAAAACUACCGCUGAAGAUCUUGAUUUGGAAUAUAAUCAGGGUAAUGGUGUAAUGCCAUAUGAACUUGAUCAGAAACUAUGCCAUUUGUUAAUCGAACAGCAGGAAAGUCAAAUCGUUGACUUGGAGUCCGAAUUGCAACACACUAAUUCCAAACUCGUGGAGAAAGAAUCUGAGCUCCAAGCAUUAAAGGACUGCGUUAAACGCCUCAGUGACUUAUCUGUAACAUGCCCCUCAGAUGAAGAAACAGAAGGCGCGUUAGAUGAAGCUCGUAACAAGAUGAUAUAUGGUAACGGAAGAUCAAUGGCUGGGAUCAAAAGGGCAAUUGACUUUGAUUGAAAUGUUGUUGUGCAUAUGCUAACCUAGCUACAUUUUGUUCAAUGAUAAUACUGUACAUUUUUAGAAAUUUAAAUCUUUAUCAUAGGUAUUUGAUGAUGAGAUUUUAUGCA